GAAAAGUGACAUUUACCUGACAAAUGAGAAGUUCUGAUUGUUUUGAAGUCUCAAAAAAGAAGAAUUUUGUGGGAAAAUAUUCUUGAUUCUGGUAUUUACGAUAACUUUAUUCUGUUCAACAUGGCUAUGGCUUUGCCGAUGGAGUCUAACCCUGAAACUAUGAAUAAGUACUUGAUGAAACUGGGAGUGUCUGACAAGUGGCGCAUGGUGGAUGUGAUAGGACUGGAAGGUGAGGCCCUCACCUGGGUGCCGCAGCCGGUUCUUGCAGUCAUAUUGCUCUUCCCUCUCUCCGACUCCUACGAACAACAUCGGCAAGAAGAAGAAAAGAGUUUGCUGAAAAAGGGGGAACAACCUCCUAAGGAUGUGUUUCAUUUGCGUCAAGUGCUCAGCAACGUGUGCGGUACUAUCGCUCUGGUUCACAGCGUGGCGAACAACACCCCUACCAUAGAUCUGCAGGACGGCCUCUUGAAGAAAUACUUGAGAGACGCUGAAGGCCUCGAUGCCGCCGCUAGGGGAGCCCUACUGGAGAACUCCACAGCCAUUCUAGACGCUUAUAAGGAAAUCAUGCUAAUUGGCAACGCAGAAGGUAAUGAAGCUAAUGAUGUCGUGAAUAAUCACUUCGUCACGUUUGUCCACAAGGAUGGGAGGCUAUUCGAGCUCGACGGCCGCAAGGCCCUGCCUAUCGACCACGGGGAGACCACUCAAGAGACUCUUCUGGAGGACGCGGCUAAGGUCUGCCGCCAGUUCGUUGAGCGGGAACCAGAUAACAUCGGCUUCACAGUCGUAGCUCUGGUACCAAACCACUAAGUUUCCAUUUAUUCAACUUAUUAAGUACUUAUGUCGUGUUAAAAUAAAUUUCUUCAAAUUGA